GUUGCAGUUUCCAUCUUUGUCAAUUCACAGAGAACAGAUUAAACGUGUAAAGGACUCAGAUGAUGUUCCCAUGGUGCUUGUGGGCAACAAAUGUGACCUCCCAGCACGUACAGUGGACACAAGACAAGCCCAGGAACUCGCUCGCUCCUAUGGCAUCCCAUAUAUCGAGACCUCUGCUAAGACACGACAGGGAGUAGAAGAUGCCUUCUACACGCUGGUUAGGGAGAUCAGACAGCAUAAGUUGAGGAAGCUGAACCCACCUGACGAGAGUGGUCAGGACUGUAUGAGCUGUCGCUGUGUGGUGUCGUGA